CUCGCUAGUACUAGUAAUAGCAAGCUCUGUCUCGCUCGCGCGGUCAACUCUGUUGCUUUCUUCCACUCCUCCUCCUCCUCCUCCUCAUCAUCAUCAUCGCUCUUCGCUUCUUCAUUGUAUCUCUAUCCCAACUACCCCCUCGACCAGGCCAGACUUUUGUCGCCCUUAUAGUUGGCUUCCCCACAACACACGCCCCCCCGUCUCCCAGUGCCCUUCGGAGCAGCACCGCUGUCAACCAAGCACCGCCCCCGUCACUCUCGCACCGAUCCUCGUCCCACAUUAAAAUCGCUUCCAACUCACUCGCCCUCUCUGUUCUUUUCUUCACUCCUCUACUUUAUCAUCUCCAGCAAAACGUGCGCUAGAGCAGCCUGCUCUCUUUCACAUCAGAAGGCGCAAACGUAGCCUAUUCCUCCUCGCCCAUCGCAAAUCUCCCCCCGACCUCCACCUCCCCAAUCCAUCCCCAACCACAACUCUGCCAACAUGACUGACUCAAACCCUCGCGCAAUCCGGAGAAAGCUCGUCAUCGUGGGUGAUGGUGCCGCAGGGAAGACAUCCCUCUUGAACGUGUUUGCCAUUGGCGAGUUUCCGGAAAACUAUGAGCCAACUGUGUUCGACAACUACGUCACCGACAUCGAGCUGGACGGUAAGCCGAUCCAGCUUGCGCUCUGGGACACGGCUGGCCAGGAGGAGUAUGAGCGUCUGCGCCCUCUCUCGUACUCGAAGGCGCACAUCAUCCUUAUCGCCUUCUCCGUCGACACGCCAGAUAGCUUGGACAACGUGACACAAAAGUGGAUCGAGGAGGUGCGCAGCAUUUGCGGGUCUCAGAUUCCUGUCAUCCUUGUCGCGUGCAAGUCGGACCUGCGCGACCGUGCAAUUGAGAACGGGACGUACAGCCCAGAGAGCUUUAUCGACACGGAAACGGGACGACGUGUGGCGCAGUCCAUUCGCGCGCGCGGCUACUACGAGACGUCCGCGCUGCUCAACCAGGGCGUUGACGCUGUGUUCGAGGCCGCCACACGCGCUGCCAUGGUUGUCCGUGACCAGGGCUAUGGAGGUGUCGGCGGCGAGAAUACGGCCGUUGGUGGCCGCCUCCGCCAGAACGAGAAGGAGACCUCGAGCUGCGGGUGUUGCAUCAUCGCGUAGCCAGCCAUGAACGCCUCAUGACGUUCCAUCACGACCCAGUGGCACGUACACGACCGCGCAAUGUCGCCAUGAUAUUCCCCACGGCCCCACGGUUUGCACAUACACGCCCGCAAGCCGACGUCCCUUCCCCCACGACCCUGGCCACCGGCCGUCUGGUGCGCCAGUGCUUGACUGACCCACCUACUGUAGCAUUUCUGUGUCUUGGUGUCUGUCCUGCCUGACCAGCGCCCCCUCGUCGCAUACGUAGACUCGACAUGGAGACGCGAGUGCUUGUGUUGAA